CCACGAGGGCCACAACUCAGUUCGGCUUACACUCGCUUGUAAGUCGCACGCCGACCGCGCUCCGAUUUUCGAGCGACUUUCUCCUAAUCGUGCAGUGCUAAAAAUCAGUGAUGGAUUUGUCCUGUGAAGAGAACAUGCAGGUGUCUGCUGGGAGCACGGGUCGGGACAUGUGCGUCGCAGGUCCCGAUCGAGCGCUGGACCGGGACCCCAGGCUCCUGGGGAACCUGCUGGCGCUGGAGAGGUUCCACGCGCUCCACACGGACUAUUUCCAGCAUGUACAGAUCGACAUUCAGCCCUUCAUGAGGAAGGUUGUCACCACUUGGAUGCUCGAGGUCUGCGAAGAGCAACAAUGUGAAGAGCAAGUGUUCCCGCUGGCGGUGAGCUACAUGGACCGAUUCCUGGCGCAGCGCACCAUCUCGCGGCAGCAGCUGCAGCUGCUGGCCGCCACCGCCAUGCUGCUCGCCUCCAAGUUCCGCCAGUGCCACCCGCUCUCGGUGGACCUGCUCUGUGCUUACACUGACAACUCAGUUCACCCUCAUGAAGUUAGGCAAUGGGAGCUGUUGCUGCUGCAGCGGCUGAACUGGCAGCUGUCCAUCGCGACCGCGUUCGACUUCAUCGAGCCGUUCCUGGCGCGGGUGCCGUGGGGCCGCGCCAACCCUUUAGUGCGCACACAUGCCCUAACACUCACAUCCGUCUGCUAUACUGAAACCGAGUUUCUCCUGGUGCCGCCCUCCCUGAUCGCGGUGGCGUGCAUCACGGCGGCAGCGCGGGGUCUGCGCGUGCGUGGGUCCGUCAGUGAGCUGUGCGCGCUCACGCACACGUCCGCCGCCGCCGCCGAGCUGGUGGCGCGCCACGUGGAGCGUGUGCUGGCGCGCGAGACCCAGCCGCAGGAGCCCCGCCCGCGCCCUGCUCCGCUCGUCAAACAGCCCACCGACACUACCCAGCUGCCCGACACCCCCACAGAUGUCCAGGACGUACAUUUCUGAUCUCCUGCCGCCAAUUACCGGGCUUAAUCACAAAUUCGGUCUCGAUUUCGCUGUUGGCGAAACAUUAUUUCUGAUCCCUUAACUCGUUCGAAUACGAAGGUCGCGCUGAGGCGCUGACAGUCAGCAUCGAGAACUUCCAAUGAAUACCUAGAUGUUACUUAUCUAGAAGACGAGUUAUAAUCCGGAAGAGUUCUGGAAAGAGUGGAGACCAUGUUGUGAAACGCAUAGCAGCAACUACCAAACUUAUACAACUUGCGUCGUGUCUAUAUCGGUUCUAAGCCGAUAGAUACAUGCAUGAUCUCGGAGUUGAAAGGAACUUGAGCAAGAGAAUAGUUGUGUUAACGUUUUUGCUCAAAUCGCAGUGAUAUUGCACAAAUGUUUGAAUCUCUAAAUUGGAUAGAAGCGAGCUGCGCUCAAUGCUCCGUCGAAGAUACUCUUUGUGUUGCAUUUGGGUGCAGGUAAACGAAGAAUUGAAUGAACGUUUGUGUGGCUGUUAAAAACGUGAAAUGAACACCUGAGGAAAUAAUAUUAGACAAUUCUCCAUUGAUCUCAAGUUAUUUAUUGCGAAAUAUUACUUUAAAGUAGAUGUACCUUAUUUAUUAAUUGUAAAAAUGCUAAUGCAAAAUCUGGAUACCUUAAUAUCAGUGUUUGAACGUACAACUACAUUCCUUCAUAGAAUUUGAUACUUAUACUGGUAUACGUGUUAUAAGACUGAAUCUAAAAUUAUUGUUUUUUUUACAUGUUUUACAAUAAAAUACUCAUUGAUUUUGUACUUAAUGUUAGUUUGCGCACAUGUAUUUAAGUUGUAUGAUCAUGGUUUAAAUUAUUCCUGUCAUAUGAAAUGAUGCGAUCAUCGGCGAUGACAUCAAGCCUUGAGUUGUAUUACGAUUAUUAGAAAUAAUUAAGAGUAACGUAGUUUUGUACUGCUUGUAUGUGUCGUCGAAAGAAUAUUCAUACUUGUUUGAUUAUAUUGUUUUGUGUGUCAUUGUUUAAGUUAUAACUUAUAAGAUCUCACUUCGUAUUAAGUUCGGUAUACAAUAUGCCUGUACAAAGGUGUGAGUAUUUUAAUUUUUACUAAUUUCGAAUGAAAAUUCUUGAAAGUAUGUAAUAUCUAUUUAUUUAGGUCGAUGUUAAGUUUUAGUAAAUUCUAGUCACAUGUUUUACACAUUCCUGUUCUCGACCAAACUUGAUGUUUAAGGUUUAUUGUAAAUGUAGAAGUUUAAGUAAGUUUUAGGGUAGAUUAUUGCCAAUUUGGAUUUGAAUUCUACAAAACGUUCAUAGUUUUGUAACCACGUUGUAAAAAGUUUUUGUGGUAAAGAAAUUACGAGAGAAAAAUGAUCGUGUAUAAAGAUUAUGGUUUUAUGAAGUGAAGAAUGGUGGAGUGUAGGCUCGCCUGAGCAUGGCGGCGGCGGCGCGUCGUCGGCCAGCGGCCGCGACGGCGCGCGAUGUUAAUUAAACUAAUUAGAAUAAAUUAAAGGCCGAGCUUUCAAGUUUCUCUCUUAAUUCUAUAACAACGCCACGUAAAUUUCACAUAAGUAAAUAUAAGCACCUCCAUGCGGAGCCUAAUAUACCGUAGGACUACGCCGUAACAUGUCGUACAAUUAGCUAUUUAUAAACGUAAAUCGGAGCUAUUGCAGUGGUUGAUCAGGAUAUUUUAGUACACACUACUUACUUGUACCUUAUAGAUUAUUUAUUUGUGUCCACCUGAAUUACUUUGUUAAUUUCUAAUAAAAUAGUUGAAAUAUACAACUAGAAAGGUC